AUGGAUUCCAUACCAGAUUUAGAGCUCUUAUCCCUUGACCCAGAUGAAGAGGAGGAGUUGUCGAAAAGCCAAGCAGUGUCCAAGCUCACCCAAGCACAAUUGGACGCCUUUAACGAAUGGGUUGGGCCUAAUAACCCAUCAGGACUUAAGGCCAAGCAUUGGAUCACCGGGACCAACAACCUGGACCUCCACAUGUUCUCAGCUUCAGAGAUUCAUCUGCUGACAAAGAGAGCCAAAUGCAUAUAUGACAACCAAACUCAUCAUGAGAACAAGCAGCAUAAAUACGUGGUACGAAAGCCCGGUCUAGGGUUGCAACUUGGCCACAUGCCCAAGGAGGGGAGCCGGUUCCCUCUAUUGUUCAUGGAGCACAACUAUGAAAAUGGUUGGCGAGCUGCUACCCUCCUCAUCCGUGAGAGUUGUAUGCUCAAGCUCGUGGACACUCUAUCCGACAAGCCAGAUUGGUGGCUCAAGGUCAGAGAUUCUGACAUUGCCAACAAGUGGAAGCAAGAAGCAUUGGCAAUGGACUGGAAGUUGUAUCGAGAGUAUGCUGAUUUCACGCCAGCCAUGGCCGAUGCUUGUAUCAGCGAGCUGCGAAAGAAAGCAGACUUGUAUGAACAAACGCGCUUGAUGCCAGUGUACGACUUUACUACCUGCGUUAUCAAGUCCGAUAGCAUCCUGACACCUGAGCUGGCUCAAACUCUGAAGGAAGCCAUCGUCCCGUUGGAAAAUGUCCCACCAGAGUCCAAGGACUGGCAUCCUUACAGUAAAAACCAAGUCCUAGACCUCGUCCAUCCUUCGCUCUGGCCGUUGAUGUACGGACAUUCGAGAGUACUUCGAGAUCGUGUUAUCAACCUUGAUAACGCGCUUGACUCAUGUGGUACCGGAGAUAUCCUACGAGCGCCCGGCAGUGGGGAGACUUUGCAUGUUACUGGUCGAGGAGGCUUCUGCGAGACCAGCACAGUUGUCCUUUCCAACAAGUUUCAAUGGCUGCCAUGCGAUGUGGACCUCAAUCCUUCUACAGGGGAUGUCAAGAUCGCAAGCUACAUCAACAACCUCCAUCCACGAGAACACGCUCAUCUAUAUCCUAUCAUCGAGCAAUUCAUCAAAAAGUCUCUGCCGGCGUGGGAUACCAUAUACAACUGGGAGAAGGACUUUUCGGUCCAGAGACUCUCCACAGACGAGGCAGAGUACGAAGAAUGUCCAUGUCCUGAAUUUUGUGACAUCAACGAUUGCCAUGGAUGCGCGCCAUGGAGACGUCCAAUUGGCGAGGACGAGGAGCCUAGGUACGACGUCGAUUACUGGGGCGCAGUGCUCGAGGAGGAGGGAGAAGACAGUGAUGACGAUGACGGUGAACUUCAGGACCAGAUUGCAGAUGAGAAGGUCGAGGACUACAAAACGAACGCGAAGCGGAGAGAACUUGACGAAGCUUGGUUUGCAUCGACACAUUCCGUCAAACUUCCUGACGCCGACCCAAGUGCAGAGAAUCACGUAAGAAUCGAGGCAUCAGAUAUCAAAUCAGCAUGGUUCUUCGAUGGAAAGAAACAAAUCCAGGUCAUCGUCAAGUUGGCCAACAUCCACCUCACACCCAAACGGUUCAUGUACAACGGUGGUUCAUGGCAUACCGAGGGACUUUUGAACGAACACAUUGUCAGCACUGCUCUCUAUUACUACGACAGCGAGAACAUCACAGAUUGCACCCUUGACUUCCGUACAUGCGCUGAUAAAGAGGACCUAGCCGCUGAGCUCUCCUACGAACAGAACAGACACGAACCCAUUGAGCGCACAUUCGCCAUCGAUCUUCAAGGGAGUAUCUUUCAGGACAUUGGUUCCGUCCACACCAAGCCCAACAGAGCACUCUUCUUCCCCAAUGUCCUUCAGCAUCAAGUAUCACGAUUCCAGCUGCAAGAUCCCACAAAGCCAGGCCACAGAAAGAUCCUCGCGCUGUUCCUCGUGGACCCAGCGAUUCCAGUCAUCAGCACUUCCAAUGUCCCGCCGCAGCAGAAGCACUGGUGGACUGAUCAGUCUGGGCUGGAUUCUGGGAGGGGCAUUUUGCCGCCUGAGAUUGUGGAACAGGUGACUGAUUCUAUGGAGUGGCCGAUGAAUCUGGAUAAGGCGAAGGAGAUGCGUUUGGAUUUGAUGAAGGAGAGGACUUCGUUCAAGGAUGCGGAGGAGUCAACGUUUCAGCGGAUGGAAUGGAAUUUCUGCGAGCAUUGA